UGACAAAUGGACGUUUCACACAUCAAAAGAGGAAUUUCUCAUGAUGGCAAAUUUAUUAUUUGACAGUAGAAAGCCGAACCGUGUUGGUAUGAAAGCAUACAAUAGGAAAACAGUAGAGCAGAAGAAACCAGACAACUGUUAGCCUGACUGCUAGCUCGUUAGCAUUAGCUUUGUUAUUGUUGCCGACGUUCCGUUAGAAUCUCUCCCCUUCUCAUGAAGCUUUUGUUGCUUUUAAUAGAAAUGAAACCAAGUGUUUUGUCAGUAUUUUCAACUCAUCCGCAUCAUAGUGUCAAGUGCUUUUCAUGAUUAUUAUUAGAUCACCUUGCGGUCGACAGUGUCUUGUAAAAGCGGGCUAUGUCUACUCCCUGGAAACCAAGCGCAGGUUCAUGCAAAUGGUAAUGAGCCUUCGAGUUUCUGAGCUCCAAGUGUUGUUGGGCUAUGCAGGACGGAAUAAACAUGGGCGCAAACAUGAACUUUUGACCAAAGCUCUCCACCUACUCAAGGCUGGCUGCAGUCCUGCUGUGCAGAUGAAGAUCAAAGAACUCUACAGACGGCGCUUCCCAACCAAAAUGGUUUCGCCGGUGGACCUCGCUCUUCCCGUUGUCCAUUCUGCAUCCAGUUUGCCCACAGGCCUUGCCCAGCUGGGGUUUGACAGCCACGGUUCUCCAUCACCACUGCUGCCUGUUUCUCUACUUGGACCUAAGCAUGAGCUGAGUCUGCCUCACCUACCCUCCGCCCUGCACCCUGUACACCCUGAUGUCAAGUUGCAGAGAUUGCCAUUCUACGAUGUACUGGAUGAGCUUAUUAAGCCAACCAGCCUGGUUUCAGACAACAGUCAGCGAUUCCAGGAAGCAUGUUACGCCUUUGCAUUAACACCACAGCAAGUUCAGCAGAUCAGCAGUUCAAUGGAUAUAUCUGGGACCAAAUGUGACUUUGCUGUUCAAGUUCAGUUAAGAUUUUGCUUAUCAGAGACUAGCUGUCCGCAGGAAGACCAUUUCCCCCCCAAUCUGUGCGUGAAGGUCAACGGCAAACCCUGUAAUCUCCCAGGAUAUCUUCCUCCCACCAAAAAUGGUGUUGAACCGAAAAGGCCCAGUCGUCCCAUUAAUAUAACAUCUCUUGUCCGGCUGUCCACCACAGUUCCCAACACAAUUGUAGUUUCUUGGACUUCAGAAAUUGGGAGGAGUUUUUCGAUGGCGGUAUAUUUGGUAAGACAGCAGUCGUCUGCAGUGUUGUUGCAAAGACUACGGGCCAAAGGAAUCAGGAACCCUGACCACUCAAGAGCUCUGAUCAAGGAGAAACUGACCGCUGAUCCAGAGAGUGAGAUUGCUACAACCAGUCUACGAGUUUCUCUCCUCUGUCCUUUGGGAAAGAUGAGGCUGACCAUCCCCUGUCGAUCAAUAACCUGCUCACACCUUCAGUGCUUCGAUGCUACACUUUAUAUCCAAAUGAAUGAGAAGAAGCCGACCUGGGUGUGUCCAGUCUGUGACAAGAAAGCGCCGUAUGAACAUCUUAUUAUUGAUGGAUUGUUUAUGGAAAUCUUAAACAGCUGCUCUGACUGUGAUGAAAUCCAGUUCAAGGAAGAUGGAAGCUGGGCCCCCAUGAAGUCAAAGAAAGAGGUUCAGGAGGUGUCUGCUUCGUACAAUGGUGUCGACAGCGAUGUGUCUAGAGCAGAGAGUCAGGAGCAUAAACGAGGAUCAUCUCAAGACAACAACAAGAAAGUUGAUGUGAUUGAUUUGACACUGGACAGCUCCUCAGAAGACGAGCAGGAUGACGAACCGCCUCCCAAAAGGGUGUGUCCCUCACUGUCACCUGUGUCUCCAACUGCAAACAAAGGAGUGCUGAACCUGCACAGUCAACCAUCACCUGUGGCCAGAGCUCCCAGCAUGCCCCCUGUGGAGACCAGCUACAUUCCUCCUCCGCCACCUCUUAUUCAGGACUACCGCCAUUAUUAUCACACAAGUGACUUGCCAGAUCUAAAUUUCUUCUCUUUCCUCCAAGGUGACAAUCAGCAUUACAACAUGGUGAUGGCUGCUGCAGCGGCGGCGUCAGCUUCUGCUCCAGAGGACCACGACCUGCUUCUCAACCGUUACCUGCCCUACGGCUCCUCACCGAUGCUACGGGAGCAGCCGGGCACCCCUGGGGGCAGCACCCUGGCAACAACUAACGGAGGCAGCAACAGCGGCAGCACCAGUAGUUUGGUGUCUUCCAGCAGCUUACGAGACCGCGACAAAGACAGAGACAGAGACACCCACAGCAUUUCAGGAUUGUCGAGGUCCUCCAUGGAAGCAGCAGCAGCUGCGGCCAUUUAUGGCUCCAUAUCUGACGUUAUCUCUCUUGACUAGAUCCACACCGAACUGAAGCACAAGGGAGACCCCGACAGGAGUUCUUUGUAAAUAGUGAAGUGGAAGACGAAAGAUUAAAGUGCUAUGUACAGAGAGGAAAAUCUAUUUUCAAUUUUACUUAUCAUAUGUAUAUAAACUUGGGACGCUUCUUGUCCAGUGCGUUACUUCCGUUGAUAUUUUUCUGUGAAUACUGAAGACUUUUUCACACCUCUUCAUGUGGUCCUUUGAUUAUAUUGUAGCUUUUGUACCUGGUUUUUACUAUUUUGUUUGGAUAUUUUAUGUCAGUAGCAUUAUUUCAGCAUACAUGCACAGUCCCUAGUGAGGCGACACCUUUUGGGACAUAUUUAGAAUAUAAAGAAAAUGGGGCUUGAUGUGUUAAAAAGCAACUGGGAGCAAAAUGUACACAAACAAAAAAAAACAAUGUAUACAUUUUUCUUUAUGUCCUAAAUGGCAUUUCUGCCAUGAUGUUUUGACAGCAGAACGAUCUGGCCAUUUUUGCCAUCAUGUAGAUUUAUUUUUUCUAAAAUAUUCAUGCUGUGGUUGUUAUUUUUUAAAUAAUUAUUUAUGAUCUAAGUUAUAUUGGGUGUGAGCACACUCUUUGCCUGUUGGAACUGUUGCCACUAUAAAUGCAGAAGCAAGUGUGAGAUCCUUCUGUUGUCAUAACUGUGCUCUAUGUCUUCUUGCUUAUAUUAGUUGAUUCAAUUAUUAAUAUUUUACUCCUCAGGCUGGAUGUAAGCUACAUGAGUUGGGAGUUAGUCAGUAUUGAAUGAUCAGCUUUUUUCUGUGUGUGAAUGAAGGGCAUUGGUCCAGCAAGCACCCGCAAUUGGACCUUUUAUAUACAGUAGAUCUAUAUAUCGAAAUUUGAAAAACUUAUUACUUUUCUUGGAAUGUAUAGCCUGUUUAUUUUGUCAUUUAAACAGAAUGACCAGUCGACAAAUUUCUGCUCCACGUUCAAAAUAUGGCUAGUUUCUGGUCUAAUUGAAGUUAAUCUAUUAAUCGAAAGGCUACAACUGUUCACCCAAAUUAAAUGAGUUGAUUUCAUUUCAUUAUGUUUAAUUGUAACGUUUGCUUUUUUUUUCUUUUUCUUUUUUUUUUAUCUGUGGCGCAGCGAAGCAUUACAGUUCACAUUUACAGUAGUUUCGGCUUUCUAUGUUUGCCAGUUACCUGAGAAUUCACCUAUUUGGGAGCUGUGCUGUCUGUAGCCACAGGAUGCGUAGCCUUUUUUUGUGGUGUUUAAUGUAUUUGCCACAGCCUUUAAGAUAACUGUGAUAGCUUAGGCUUUGUGAAUCACAAAUUGCAUUUUGGCCCAGAGGUUGCAAAUCAUUUGAGUUUAAUUUUGAAUGCAUCAUUUUCUUGAUUUUGUUUUCCUUUCUUCAUUUUUAGACUUGUUCUUAUAAUUAGGAUUAUUUAUUACCAUAUAUAUUAUUUUUCCUUGGUUUGAUUUGUGACUAUACAUUGUUGUCAUUGUAUGUGAUAUUUCUUUUGUAAUUAUAUAAUUAUUGCUAUUUAAAUAUGUCACUGUUGCUUGACAUGCAUUGUAACAUUUUUAGUUUGUCUGUUUGCUAUCAGAUAUUGUCAAUAACUCAAUAGAGGCUUUCAUCACGUUUGAAAAGCUAGAAGGUCUACUGUCCUAAUUGAUAUGUAAAAGAAUUAAACCCAUACACAAAAUGA